AUGGGGGAGGAGAUCAAGUGCCCAUUCUGUGGUGGUGGAUUCAUUGAAGAGAUGAUCGGGGAGGAAUUUGAGGGGUUGGUCAGUCAGCAGUCAGAGCGGGAUUUAUCACGAUUGGGAUCGUCGAACCACCCUUUUGAGCAGCCAGGAGCGGUGGCGGACAGUGAGGAUGAAGAUGAUGACGAUGAUGAUAUUGGCCGUGAAUUUGAGGGUUUCAUCAGGAGGCAUGGACGGGCAUCAGCUCUGCGUCGUGUGCUUGACAGCAUCCAGGACGACCUUAGAGCUGACAGGGAAAGGGACAACUCCGUUCUGAUCAAUGCCUUCAACCAAGCCCUCUCUUUGCAAGGCUCAGUGCUUGAUACUGAUGAGGCCCGAGAUGACCAAGGUGGAUCUAGCAAUGAUGAUGGCUUGCUGGAAGAAUAUGUCCUGGGGGCUGGGCUGAGCCUGCUGCUUCAACAUUUGGCUGAGAAUGAUCCAAACCGGUAUGGCACCCCUCCUGCAAAGAAAGAUGCAGUUGAAGCUCUGCCCACUGUCCAAAUAGCAGAGGUUGUCAGCUGUUCAGUCUGCCUUGAUGAUCUUGAGCUGGGGUCCCAGGCAAAGCAAAUGCCUUGUGAGCAUAAGUUCCACUCUCCUUGUAUCCUGCCAUGGCUUGAACUCCACAGCUCCUGCCCUGUGUGCCGGUUUGAGCUGCCAUCUGAAGAGACGAAAGAUUUGAAUGAGCCUAGCAAUGUGGACAGAACAGAGCACCCAAGAGGAAGUCAGGUCCGAUGGCCCUGA